AUGAAGAACAUUCACUGGCUUAUUCUCAAACCUGCCAGUUUUGUGACCCUUGGCUGUAUAUGGAUUUCUGUGGUGCAGUGUAUAGUUUUAAAGAGCUGCCUAAAGUCUUGCAUCAUGAACCUGGGCUUGCAGCUUGACAUUGACACACCAUUUAAUCUGAGUGAGGCGUGCAUCCAGGGAUGCCAGUUUUGGAGCUUUGUUGACCAGGAAAACUGUGCUUUAAAGUGUAAUGAUACCUAUGCCACCAUUUGUGAGAGGGAAUCCUGUAAGGCAGGCUGCAGCUCUGCAGAGGGAGCCUAUGAAGAGGAAAUGCUGGGAAGCAUAGAACUUCCUACAGCACCCGUUGCUUCUUCUAUUGGAAGCCACAGUGUGACAUUACGAUGGAAAUCUGCUAAUAUCUCUGGAGUAAAAUACAUAAUUCAGUGGAAAUAUGUACAACUUCAAGGAAGCUGGACUUAUACUGAGACCAUGUCCAAGCUCUUAUAUGUGGUAAAGCCCCUGCAUCCUUUCACUGAAUAUGUUUUUCGAGUGGUUUGGAUCUUCAGAGCCCAACUGCAGCUUUAUUCUCCUCCAAGUCGCACUUACAGGACUCAUCCUUAUGGAGUUCCAGAAACUGCUCCUUCCAUUAGUAAUAUUGAAAGCUCAAGCCCUAACACUGUAGAAGUCAGUUGGGUUCCACCACAAUUCCAAGGUGGACCUAUUUUGGGUUAUAAUUUAAGGCUGAUUAGUAAAAACCAAAAAUUACAUUCAGGGACACAGAGAACCAGUUUCCAGUUUUAUUCCACGCUCCCAAACACUACCUACAGGUUUUCUGUUGCAGCAGUAAAUGAAGGUGGUGAGGGUCCAGAAGCAGUAUCUGGAAUUACCACUCCAUCCACAGCAGUACAAGAAGAGGAACACUGGCUCUUUUUGUCCAGAAAAAGUUCUGUAAGAAAGAGGUCUUUAAAACAUCUAGUAGAUGAAGCACAUUGUCUUUGGUCAGAUGCUAUCCACCAUAAUAUUACAGGAAUAUCAGUGAAUUUCCACCAGCAAAUAGUUUACUUCUCUGAAGGUACUCUUAUAUGGGUAAAGGAGGUGGCCAACAUGUCUGAUGUAUCUGACCUGAGAAUUUCUUACAGAGGUUCAGAAUUAAUCUCUUCCAUCUCCAUAGACUGGCUUUACCAAAGAAUGUAUUUCAUCAUGAAUGAACUGGUCUAUGUCUGCGAUUUAGAGAACUGUUCAAAUCUUGAGGAGAUUACUCCACUUUCCCUUAUCUCACCUCAAAAAGUUGUGGCUGAUUCCUACAAUGGGUAUGUCUUUUAUCUCCUGAGAGGUGGCAUUUACAGAGUCAAUCUCCCUGGGCCAGCUGGCAGGGACACUAAUCCUGUGUGCAUUGUGGAAAGCUGCACAUUAAAGGACUUUGUAGUAAAGCCACAGUCCAAGCGAAUCAUUUACUUCAAUGACACCAUACAAGUUUUCAUGUCAACAUUUCUGGAUGGCUCAGAUUCCUAUUUUGUCUUGCCUGAGGUUCCCCCUGCGAAUGUGAAGAGCUUUGCCUGUGAAAACAAUGACUUUCUUGUCACAGAUGGCAAGGCUGUUUUCCAACAGGAUUCUUUAUCUUUUAAUGAGUUCACUGUGGGCUGUGACCUGAGUCACAUAGAGGAACUUGGGUUUGGUAACUUAGUCAUCUUUGGUUCAUCCACCCAGCCACACCCUUUACCAGGUCGCCCACAGGAACUUUCAGUGCUGUUUGGUUCUCACCAGGCCCUUGUACAAUGGAAGCCUCUUGCCCUCGCCAUAGGAACCAGCCUUUCUGCCUGGCAGAACUGGACUUAUGAGGUAAAAGUAUCCACUCAAGGGAUUCCUGAAAUCAUUCAAGUUUUCUCUAACAUAAGUGGUACCAAGUUGAAUGUACCUGACCUACAAAGUGCUACCAAAUAUAGGGUUUCUGUGAGAGCAAGUUCUCCUAAAGGCCCUGGUCCCUGGUCAGAGCCUUCUGUUGGUACCACCCUGGUCUCAGCUGCUGAGCCACCAUUAAUCAUGGCUGUAAAAGAAGAUGGCCUUUGGAGUAAACUACUAGAUAGCUUUGACCCAGCAGAAUUCUUGUCCUCUGACAUAGGAAAUGUGUCAGAUAUGGAUUGGUAUAACAACAGCUUAUACUAUAGUGACAUGAAGGGUGAUGUUUAUGUGCGAUUGCUGAAUGGGAUAGAUAUCUCAACCAGUUAUACUCCACUCAACAUUUCAGGAGUAGGGGCUUUCGCUUUUGAAUGGCUGGGUCAUUUCCUGUACUGGGCUGGGAAGACAUAUAUGAUACAGAGGCAGUCUGUGUUGACAGGACACACAGAUAUUGUGACUCAUGUGAAGCUGUUGGUGAAUGACAUAGUAGUGGAUUCCAUUGGUGGCUAUCUCUAUUGGACCACACUCUACUCAGUUGAAAGUACCAGGCUAAAUGGGGAAAAUCCUCUUGUACUACAGGAACAGCCUUGGCUUUCUGGGCAAAAGGUUAUUGCUCUAACUCUAGACCUCAGUGAUGGGCUCCUGUAUUGGAUGGUUCAGGACAGUCAUUGUAUUCACCUGUAUACAGCUAUUCUUCGAGGACAGAGCACUGUGGGUGUUACUAUCACAGAAAUUGCAUUCUGGAGCACUUCCGAAAUUUCUCAAAAUGCACUGAUGUACUAUAGUGGUCGGCUCUUCUGGAUCAAUGGCUUUAAGAUUAUCACAGCUCAGGAAAUUGGUCAGAAAAGCAGUGUAUCCAUUUCGGAACCAGCUGGAUUUAAUCAAUUCAUAAUUAUUCAAAGAUCUCUCAAGCCUCUAACAGGGAACUUUUCUUCUACCCUUAAGGUCAUUCCUGGUUCUGUUCAAGAGUCUUCUUUUAGGAUUGAAGGACGAGCUUCAAGUUUUCAAAUCCUGUGGAAUGCUCCUUCUGAAGUGGAUUGGGGUAUAGUUUUAUACAGUGUGGAAUUUAGUGCUCAUUCUAAGGUAUAUUCAACUACUAUUUCCAAUACAGAACAUCUUUAUCAGUCUAUAUAUAAUGAAUUUCGCUUGUAUUGGACAGAAGUCUCCAAUUUGGGCCACCAGAUGUUCUACUGCAGCAUUAUUAACCAUACCUUGCACCAAGUUCUACAACCCAUGUCUGCAAACCAACAAAAUGGAAGAAGACAAUGUUAUUGUAAUGUAACUGAAGCUGAGUUAAGUGGGGCAAUGGCUAUUGAUACCUCUGACUUAGAGAAACCUUGGAUAUACUUUACCAAAGGGCAAGAAAUCUGGGUCAUGGAUCUGGAAGGAUGCCAGUGCUGGACAGUUAUCAUAGUGCCCGUCUUGCUAGGUAAUAUGAAAACACUUGAGAGCUUAACAGUGGAUGGGGAUUUUAUAUAUUGGAUCAUCACAGGAAAGGACAACACAGAGAUUUAUCAAGCAAAGAAAAGUAAUGGUGCCAUCCUUUCCCAGGUGAAGACAUUGAGGUCUAAGCACAUCUUGGCUUAUAGUCCAGUUAUACAGCCUUUUCCAGAUAAAGCAUAUCUGUUGCUAGCAUCAGAUAUCAUUGAACCAAUGAUACUUAAUGCCAGCAACACCAGCCUCACACUCAGGUUACCUCCAGUCAAGACAAACCUCACAUGGCACUGUAUCACCAGCUCCACACCAACAUACCUGGUUUAUUACUCUGAAGUCAAUGGCAGCACACACAGCUCUGGCCUGAAAUACAGAGUACUGGAGUCACAAGAGAAUAUUGCUCUUAUUGGGGGCUUACAACCAUUUUCAACAUACAUAAUGCAGAUAGCUGUGAAGAAUUAUUAUUCGUCCCCUUUGGAACAUUUACCUCUUGGGAAAAAAAUCUGGGGAAAAACUAAAAGUGGAGUACCAGGGGCAGUUGGUCUCAUUAAUACAACUGUGCUGUCCGACACUAGUCUCCAUGUCUCCUGGAAAGAAUCUCAGGAGCCAAAUGGACCUAAAGAGUCAGUCCGCUAUCAGUUGAGACUGUCACAUCUGACCCCAAUUCCCGAGACACCUGUAAGACAGAGUGAAUUUCCAAGUUCAAGGCUUGCUGUUAUUGUCACUAGACUCUCUGGGGGACAACUGUAUGUGCUAAAGGUUCUGGCCUGCCACUCUGAGGAAAUGUGGUAUGCUGAGAGUUUUCCUGUCACUGUCAAAAUGUUUGACAUGCCAAUGAAACCUUAUAUCUUGGUUCCAGGGAACACCAGCUUGCAAUUAGGUUGGAAGGCUCCACUUAAUGUUAACCUCAUCAGAUUUUGGUUUGAACUCCAGAAGGGGAAAUACAAUGAGUUUUACCAUGUUGAAGCUUCAUGCAGUCAAGGUCCAGCUUAUGUCUGUAACAUCACAGACCUACAACCUUAUAUUUCUUAUAGUGUCCAAGUAGUGGUGGUUUACAUGACAGGGGAGAGUAGCGCCUCACUUCCAGAAAGCUUCAAGACAAAAGUUGGAGUUCCAAGUAAACCAGGAAUUCCCAAGUUGUUAGAAAGGAGUAAAAAUUCAAUCCAGUGGGCAAAAGCUGAAGAUAAUGGAAGUAGACUUACAUACUAUAUCCUUGAGAUCAGAAAAGUUAUUUCGAAUGAUUCAUGGAACCAGAAUUUAAGAUGGAAGAUGGCAUUUAAUGGGUCCUGCAAUAGUAUUUGCACAUGGAAGUCAAAAACCCUGAAAGGAACAUUCCAGUUUAGAGUAGUAGCUGCAAAUAAUAUUGGGUUUGGUGAAUAUAGUGGAGUCAGUGAGAAUCUUAUAUUAGUCGAAGAUGACCUUUGGAUACCAGAAACAAGUUUUAUAUUUACUAUUGUAGUUGGAAUAUUUCUGGUUGCUAUAAUCCCAUUGACCUUUGUUUGGCAUAGAAGAUUAAAAAGUCAAAAACAUUCCAAGGAAGGGCUGACAGUUCUCAUCAAUGAAGACAGAGAGUUGGCUAAGCUGCAAAGUCUGGCGGCUGGAGUAGGACUGGCUAACGCCUGCUGUGCAGUACAUACUGUUCCAACCCAAGAGGAGAUUGAAAAUCUUCCUAUCUUCCCUCGGGAAAAUCUGACUCUGCAUCUUUUGUUGGGAAGUGGAGCCUUUGGGGAAGUGUAUAAAGGAAUAGCUGUAGACAUCUUAGGAGGAGGAAGUGGAGAUAUCAAAGUGGCAGUGAAGACAUUGAAGAAGGGCUCCACAGAACAGGAGAAGGUCGAAUUCCUGAAGGAAGCACAUAUGAUGAGCAAGUUUAAUCACCCCAACAUUCUGAAGCAGCUUGGAGUCUGUUUGCUGAACGAACCCCAAUACAUUAUUCUGGAGCUGAUGGAAGGGGGAGACCUUCUAUCCUAUUUGCGCAAAGCCCGGAGGACAACGUUUCAUGGUCCUUUACUCACCUUGGUUGACCUUGUAGACCUGUGUGUAGAUAUUUCAAAAGGCUGUGUCUACUUGGAACAGAUGCACUUCAUUCAUAGGGAUCUGGCAGCUCGAAAUUGCCUUGUCUCUGUGAAAGACUAUACUAGUCCUCGGAUUGUGAAGAUUGGUGACUUUGGACUUGCAAGGGAAAUCUAUAAAAAUGAUUACUAUAGAAAAAGAGGUGAAGGUCUGCUCCCUGUUAGGUGGAUGGCUCCAGAAAGUCUGAUGGAUGGAAUCUUCACUACUCAAUCUGAUAUAUGGUCUUUUCGAAUUCUAGCUUGGGAGAUUUUAACUCUUGGUCAUCAACCUUACCCAGCACAUUCCAACCUUGUUGUUUUAAACUAUGUUCAAGCAGGAGGGAGAUUGGAGCCACCAAGAAGGUGUCCUCAUCAUCUGUGGAAUUUAUUGACCCAAUGCUGGGCUCAAGAACCUGACCAAAGGCCCACUUUCCAUAAAAUUCAAGACCAAUUUCAAUUAUUCAGCAAUGUUUCCUUAAAUACUAUUCCUAAGUCAACAGAAGAAACAAACACCAUGGGAGUCAUAAAUGAAGACUUUGGAGGUAAAGAUGACAAUAUGGCUAGCAUGAAUUCAGGAGAUUUCUUACAAGUUGCUCUAAUGGAAACCAAGAACCCAGAGGGAUUAAGCUAUAUGGUACUUGCCACAGAAGGCAGACAAGGUGAAGAAAAUUCUGAAGGUCCUUUAGGCUCUAAGGAAUCUGGGUCCUAUGGUCUGAGGAAAGAAAAGAAGGAACCAGAUGCAGACCAAGAUUUCUGCCAAGAACAAGUGGCUUACUGCCCUUCCGACAGGACUAAGGGACUGAACUAUGCCUGUCUUACUCACAGUGGACAUGGUGAUGGCUCAGAUUAA